AUGGGUGGCGAAAGGCUCAUCAAGUCCGUGGCCAUUAUCGGAGCCGGUGCCUCAGGAACAAUCGCAGCUGCCGCCCUCAAGGCAGAAAACUAUUUCGAUCGGAUCCAAGUGUUUGAGAGACGGGAUUCUGCUGGAGGAACAUGGAUAUUCGAUCCAAGCCCUGGACCGGAACUGCCUAUUGAGCCAGGCAAACUACCUCCAGAGAUCGACCCACCACUGAGUAUUCCGAAUAAUCUCCCGAGGAUCACCGCUCCAAGUGAGCAGGAGCGUUAUUCACAGACACCCGUCUACAACUCCUUGACGACAAAUGUUCCUGAUGUAGCAAUGUGUUUUUCCGACGAGAGGUUCGCGUACGGCCCGUUCCCACCUCAUCAUGUGCCCCGGCAAUAUCUGGAGAACUACGUGGCCCGCCACAGGCUCGAUGAGCACCUGGUCCUCAACACCACUGUCGAAGACGUGUCUAGGAUGCCACCGUCUUCUGGAACGGGCGGGCCCGAGCGAUGGGAGCUGACUCUCCGCAAACACGAUGUACUGCGACACGUCGACAUAUGGUGGACUGAGAUAUUCGAUGCAGUGAUCAUCUCCAAUGGACACUACUCGGUUCCAUAUAUUCCCCACGUAGAAGGCCUCGAAGCCUACACGCAGAAAUAUCCCGACCGUGUAGUCCACUCCAAGUACUACCGCUCGCCCUCCAUCUACAAGAACCAGCGUGUCCUAACUAUUGGCAACUCGGCUUCGGGCUGGGACAUCAUGAACGAGCUCACCACCACAGCAGCUUUGCCCGUGCACAGCUCACGCCGCCACAAGUCGCCCUUCGAAGGCGACAAGCCCGGCCCUGGCAUCGAGUGGAGGCCCGUCAUCCGCCGGUACCAAGCCGACGGCACGAUCGAGUUCGAGGACGGGACGACGCUGGGGCCGGACGAGAUCGACAGGAUCGUCUACUGCACGGGCUACCGGCCGAGCUAUCCGUUCUGGAACACGGCGAAAAACGGGCGGCCCAUGUACGACUACGAGGUCGGGAAGCUGGUCAACACGUACUGGCACACGUUCUUCUCGGACUUUUCGACGCUGGCCAUCGUGGGGAUCCAGAAGGCGCUCACGUUCCGGAGCUUCGAGUACCAGGCUGUGGCGGUGGCGAGGCUGUUUGCAGGGCGGAACGCGCUGCCGCUGCCGCCUGCGGUGGAGAUGCGCAGAUGGGAGGCGGAGCGGCGCGACUGGGUGCUGGAGACCGGGAAAAAGUUUCAUGACGUCGAGAGUAUGCCUGGGCGGCUGGGCCAGGAUACUCUGGUGUUUCUCGGGUUCCUGUAUAGCAUGGCUGGGCUGGGCACGCUGAAGGGGGAUGGGAGGAUACCUCCGGUUCUGAGUCAGGAAGUCCUCUAUGCGCUGAGGAACAUCCACAAGUAUCCAACGCCUGGAGACGAUCCAGAUAAGGAACUGGUGGUCACUAAAGGUGAUAAAGUCGGGGGUCAGACUAUAUCAGACUACGACUAUCGUUAUGAACAGAACGAACUGGAUGAGUGGGUGAUAGUAGUCGGUAAUGGACACUGA